AGGAGUUCUACAAGGAGGAUAAACUAGCUUAUUGGUGCAAAUGUCAAAGUCUCCCUCUCCUGAUCAACAGAGAUCCAUUUAUUCUGAUUCUCAGCUCAUGGAAUUCAAUGAGGAAACAGGAAUGGACGAUGCCGAAUCUACAAUGGGAUCAGUUGCUAAUUUUUUGGAGCAACUGCAUGCCAACAUGUCUUCACCACUUGAGAAAGAACUUAUUACAGCACAAUUACUAGGUGUUGCCAGGAGAAGGAAGGAUGCUAGAGCACUUAUCGGUUCUCAUGCCCAAGCAAUGCCGUUGUUCAUAAGCAUUCUCAGAAAUGGAACCCCUCUUGCAAAAUUUAAUGUAGCUUCCACUCUGAGUUUCCUGUGCAAAGAUGAAGACUUGAGGUUAAAAGUACUUCUUGGGGGUUGUAUCCCACCAUUACUGGCAGUUUUAAUAUAUGAAUCCACUGAUGCUAGAAAGGCAGCAGCUGAAGCAAUAUAUGAAGUUUCCUCUGGUGGUCUUUCAGAUGAUCAUGUUGGUAUGAAAAUUUUUGUUACGGAAGGUGUAGUUCCAACCUUAUGGAAUCAACUACAUCCACAGAACAAGGAAGACAAAGUUGUGGAGGGUUUUAUUACUGGAGCAUUAAGAAAUCUAUGUGGGGACAAAGAUGUUUAUUGGAAAGCAACAUUAGAAGCUGGAGGUGUGGAUAUCAUUGGGGGUCUCUUGUCUUCAGAUAAUUCUGUUUCUCAGUCAAAUGCAACUUCCCUGUUGGCACGUUUAAUGCUGGCUUUCAGUGAUAGCAUCCCCAAAGUAAUAGACUCUGGAGCAGUCAAAGCUUUACUUCGACUUAUUGGUCAGGAAAAUGAUAUUUCUGUACGAGCCAGUGCUGCCGAUGCCCUAGAGGCCCUUUCUUCAAAGUCUACCAUGGCUAAAAAAGCUAUUGUUAAUGCAGACGGGGUUCCAAUCCUUAUUGGAGCUAUUGUUGCUCCUUCUACAGAGUGUAUGCGAGGCGAUGGUGGCCGGGCCUUGCAAGAGCAUGCAACUCGAGCUUUAGCUAACAUCUACGGGGGCAUGUCUUCUUUAAUACUAUAUCUUGGAGAGCUUUCCCAUUCUCCCCACCUUGCUGCACCAGUUGGUGAUAUAAUUGGUGCUCUUGCUUAUACACUCAUGGUCUUUGUGGAAAACCGUGAUGUUGAUGAGGAACAUUUUGAUGCAACUCAAUUCAUCAAAUGUGGAAACCCAAGAAUAUGCAGCUUCAGUCCUUGCUGA